AUGAUCAUCAAUCUGGCCAGCAAGACAGCGCUGCGCUGCAGCCGCGGUCCGACCGGCACUAGUGGGUCGUCGCUGUCGGUGCAGACCUGGCGCGACAGGCAGUGGCGCAACGCCGCUGCUGCUGCGCCGAACGGGGCCAGGCGCGGCUUUAGAACCACGGCACCGGCCGCUGCCGCGGCAGGAGACGACAACGAUGACAAUGAGAACAACAAGAAGAAGGACGAGCCGGAGUACCGAGAGGACUCUGACGACGACGACGACGAUGACGACUUCAGCGAUGGCGAACAAGAUGGUGAAGAUGUCAUGCCUCCCAGGGAUAUGCCACUGCAAGUCAUGGUCAAGACUGUGACGACGCCAGAGCAGGUGCUGGUGGUGCCCGUCAUCAAAACCUCGAUCAUGCCUGGCACGAUGGGCCGCGCUACCGUGCGUGACCCCGAAUUCCUGAAGGAGCUGCAAGAGCUGCGUCAGAAGCAUCCCUCGCCCUACAUCGGCCUCUUCAUCGUAAAGGACGCCGAAGAGGCAAAGCAGAAGGGUGUCCAGAUCACAACGUUGGAUCAACUGCACCAAACGGGCGUGCUGGGCGUGCUCACCAACGUGGUGCCCAUGCGACCGUCGCAACAAAAGGAUGGAGUCGUCGGCGUCAUCCAGUUCCUGUCCGUGCACAAGCGCAUCAAGAUCGACGAAACCGUCAGCGGCACCAAGCGGCUCGUGGCCAAGGUGUCCGAACUUCAGGACAAGCCCUACGACCCCAAGGACCCGCAAAUCAGAGGCUUCCAGGCCGAGCUGGAGGCCAUUGUCCACCGCAUCGGCGCGAAGGGCGACGUGUUUGCGCGAGAUAAUGCGGCGCAGCUUCUUCUCAACUUCUGGACCUUCCACAAUCCGCUCAACGCUGCCGAGUCCGCCGACUUUGUGGCCGGCAUCAUCACCCACAUCGCGCUUGAUGACGCCGCCAUGCAGGCGCAGCAGGCUGUCAUCGAAGAACUCGACGUCUCCGAGCGUCUGAAGAAGACGCUCGCGCUGACCAAGCGCGAGCUCAGCUUGUCCGACCUGACACAGAAGAUCAAAGAGUACAUGGAGGAGAGGCAUCGCCAGAUGACGCUGCGCGAUGAACUCAAGGCCAUCCGCACAGAGUUGGGCUUGGAGCAGCCGCAGACCGAAACACUCAUGGCCAAGUUCAAGGAGCGCAUCAAGGACAAGCAGGUGCCCGAACACGCCGCCAAGGUCAUCAAUGAAGAGAUGGAAAAAUUCCAACAUCUGUCUCCCAGUUCGACGGAAUACAACGUGGUGCGAACCUAUCUCGACUGGCUCACCACCCUGCCCUGGGACACGCUCACCAAGGACAACCUGGACAUGCACCACGCCGAGAAGGUGCUCGAGGAUGAGCACUACGGCCUGAAGGACGUGAAGGAGCGCAUCCUCGAAUUUAUCGCUGUCGGUGCACUCAAGGGCGAAGUUACCGAUAAUGACCGGGAUGGCGUGACGUGCACAGGCAAAAUUAUUUGUCUGGUGGGUCCGCCCGGCGUGGGCAAGACCUCAAUCGGCAAAUCGAUUGCGAACGCACUGCAGCGCGAGUUCUUCCGCUUCUCUGUCGGCGGCAUGACCGACGAAGCAGAGAUCAAGGGCCACCGACGCACGUACGUCGGGGCGAUGCCGGGGAAGCUGUUGCAGGCCCUGAAGCGUGUCAAGACCUCCAACCCCGUGGUGCUGCUUGACGAGGUGGACAAGGUGGGCACGUCGAGCUACAAGGGCGAUCCUUCGUCCGCGCUUCUCGAAGUCCUGGACCCCUCCCAGAACACCAAAUUCCUGGACCACUACCUCGACGUCUCCUACGACCUUUCCAAGGUCCUGUUCAUUUGUACGGCCAACGUACUGCACACGAUCCCGCGGCCGCUGCUCGACCGCAUGGAGGUCAUUCGGCUGUCGGGCUACGUCGAAGAGGAAAAGGUGGCGAUUGCUGAGAGGUAUCUGGUCCCGAAGGCUGUCUCCGAGGCUGGCCUGUCGGAGAUAAAGGUUAAUUUCGAGAGGGAGGCCCUCCACAAGCUCAUCCAUUCCUACGCCAGAGAAGCGGGCGUACGCAAUCUGCAGCAGCAGAUCGACAAGAUCAUGCGCAAGGUGGCCCACCAGGUCGUCGUCGAGCAGGAGAAGCGCCAGGAGGGGGCCGUUGAGGGCAGUGACGGCAAGAAGGGCGCCAAGGGGGGCGUACGCAAGGGGCGAGGCAAGAAGAAGUCGACCCAGGAGCGGGCCGACGAGAGCGCGCAGCCGGGCUCGUCGGAGGCCCUCACCCUCGAGAAGGACCAGCACGGGGCCAUCGUCAUCAAACCCGCGGGACUCGGCCAGUUCCUCGGCAAGCCUCCGUUUUCCAACGACAGAUACUACGACACCACCCCGCCCGGCGUCGUCAUGGGCCUCGCCUGGACUUCCAUGGGUGGUUCGACGCCCUACAUUGAGACGGUGGUGGACAAGCACCAGCUGCUGGUGAGGAAGGAGGAGAAGAGGAAGAGGAGGGAGGCCAAGGAGAAGGAGAAGAACAAGAAGACGAACGACGAUGUGGCAUCGUCAGAGUCGCCGGCCACGGCUUCUUCGGAGGACGACGCGGAGGAGGAAGGCGGCAGCGGCAGCGGUCGGCUGAUCACCACCGGCCAGAUGGGAGAAGUGAUGCAGGAGAGCUGCUCCAUCGCCUACACCUGCGCCAAGAUCUUCUGGAACAAGCUCGGCCAGACCCACAAGCAGACCGCCACCUCGACCGCGACCUCGACCACCACCACCACGAGCUCCUCUGCCAAACGUGCGCGCUCUCCCCAGGGUGCAACGCAGGGUGAAGACGAGGGGUUUGACGAGGGGUUCUUCCGCGACGUGACGCUCCACAUGCACAUCCCGGAGGGCGCCACGCCCAAGGACGGACCCUCGGCCGGCAUCGGAAUGGUGUCGUCUCUGCUGUCGCUGGGGCUGGGCACGGCCUUGCGGCAGGACGUGGCGAUGACUGGCGAGAUCACCCUCACCGGCAAGGUGCUGCCCGUCGGCGGCAUCAAGGAGAAGGUCAUCGCCGCGCGCAGGGCCGGAGUGAAGACGCUCGUGUUCCCCGAGGGCAACCGGAAGGACUGGGACGAGCUCGAGCCCUUCUUGCGAGAAGGUCUGGACGCGCAUUUCGUGGACUACUACGGCGACGUCUUCCAGGUGGUGUUCCCCGACGCGCCCAAGGAGUAUCAUCAGGCCCUGAGGCGCACCUCCGCCUGA